AGGAGCAGUGUAGGCCGCAUGUGCGCCGCGUAUUAGUUCGUGUACAUUCCGUUCUGUAUCUCAGAUUCACCCGCUGUUACCAUCGGCUUUAUUAGUUCCUGCUGAAAGGAGACGAAAAUGCCCAAGAAAUCAAAAGAAGUGGCUGAAUGGGAGGGUGAUGAUGAAGCCCAGUCAGAAAAAAUUGUCAAGAAAGGAAAGAAAGACAAGAAGGGGAAAAAGAGUUUUUUUGAUGAGCUUGCUUCAGAAAGUAAGGCAGAGAAGACGGAGGAGCCAGUGGUGAAAGAGACACAAGGAAAGCAGCCUCAAAAGAAAAAGAAGGACCGUCGAAAAGGGAAGGCUGGAGAUGCAGGGGAGGAGGAUGAUGAAGAAAUCAUGCAGAGACUCAAGAAACUCUCUGUUCAGCCCAGUGAUGAGGAUGAAGAAGAAGAGGUAAAAGUUCCAGUAAAGGGUGGAAAGAAAAACAAGGGAGGCAACAUAUUUGCUGCUCUCAGUCAGGGUCAGAGUGAUGAAGAAGAGGAUACAGAGGAAGAAGAUGAGGAUGAUAAACCGAAGAAUAACAAAAACUCUAAGGAGGUUUCCGGAGGCAAGAAAAAUGAUAAAGCUAAGAGUAAAAAAGCUAAGGAAGCUUCUGAUGAAGAACCCGAUGAGGAAAUAGAAAAAAAGGAUGAGGAGGAGGAGAAGAAUGUGAAGAAGGGCAAUAAAACGGACAGCAAAUCAGCUAAAGAGGAAGUUGAGGAGGAAAAGCCUCAGAAGGCUGGCAGGAGAGAACCGCCCCGGAAAGGCAAGCCUGCCCGCCCACCGAGUGAUGAUGAUGAAGAAGAGGAGGAGAAGAGUGACGAUGAUGACUCGAUGAUGAAGAGCGCUGAGGAUGCCCUUGUGGAGCAGAAUAAAGAUCAGGAGAACGAUCCAUUCGCCAACCUGAGUAAAAAGGAGAAGAAGAAGAAAAAGAAAAUGAUGGAAUAUGAGCGACAAGUGGCGAGUGUCCGGGCUCAGAACUCCGCUGAGGGAGAUUUCUCAGUUUCUCAGGCUGAAAUGUCUUCACGACAAGCCAUGCUGGAGAACGCGUCUGAUAUUAAGUUGGAGAGAUUCAGUAUCUCUGCUCAUGGGAAGGAGCUGUUUGUCAAUGCUGAUCUCCUGAUUGUAGCUGGACGCCGCUACGGUCUGGUCGGACCCAACGGGAAAGGAAAGACCACUUUACUGAAGCAUAUUUUUAACAGAGCUCUCAGUAUUCCUCCCAACAUUGAUGUGCUGCUCUGUGAACAAGAGGUGGUCGCUGACGACACUCCAGCUGUCCAGGCCGUGCUGAAGGCAGAUACUCGGCGCUUGAAGCUGCUCGAUGAGGAGAGAAAGUUGCAGACUCUGCUGGACAAGGGCGAGGACGGCGUCUCUGAGAGACUGGAGAAGGUGUAUGAAGAGCUGAGAGCGAUUGGUGCAGCGUCAGCAGAGGCCAAGGCUCGCAGGAUCCUGGCAGGUCUGAGUUUCACCCCGGAGAUGCAGAACAGGCCCACGAAGAAGUUUUCUGGUGGCUGGAGAAUGAGAGUCUCACUAGCUAGAGCUCUGUUCAUGGAACCCACCCUGCUGAUGCUGGAUGAGCCGACGAACCACUUGGAUCUUAACGCUGUCAUCUGGCUUAACAACUACCUGCAGGGCUGGAAGAAGACGCUGCUGAUCGUGUCCCAUGACCAGAGCUUCUUAGAUGAUGUGUGUACAGACAUCAUUCACUUAGACAACCAGAAGCUCUACUACUACAGGGGCAACUACUUGACGUUUAAGAAGAUGUACGUACAGAAGCAGAAGGAACUCCUGAAACAGUAUGAGAAACAAGAGAAGAAGCUCAAGGACCUGAAGGCUGGAGGCAAAUCCACUAAACAAGCUGAGAAACAAACGAAGGAAGCACUGACAAGGAAACAACAGAAAGGAAAGAAGAAGGGACAGGAAGAGGAGAGUCAUGAGGCCCAGGAGCUUUUGAAAAGACCUAAAGAAUACACAGUAAAGUUCACCUUCCCAAACCCGCCGCCCCUCUCUCCACCCGUCCUCGGCCUGCACAGUGUGGACUUUGGCUAUGAGAGUCAGAAGCCUCUGUUCAAAAACAUAGACUUUGGAAUUGAUAUGGAGUCCCGAAUUUGUAUUGUCGGACCAAAUGGUGUUGGAAAGAGUACACUGCUGCUGCUACUGACAGGGAAAUUAACACCUACAAGAGGCGAGAUGAGAAUGAAUCAUCGCUUGAAAGUAGGCUUCUUCAACCAGCAGUAUGCUGAUCAGCUGAAGAUGGAGGAAGCUCCCACAGAGUACCUGCAGAGAAACUUCAACCUUCCCUAUCAGGACAGCAGGAAGUGUCUGGGGCGCUUCGGUCUGGAGAGCCAUGCACACACUAUUCAGAUCUCUAAACUUUCUGGUGGUCAGAAAGCAAGAGUAGUAUUUGCUGAACUUUCCUGUCGCCAGCCAGACGUCCUUAUCUUGGAUGAACCCACAAACAACUUGGACAUUGAGUCAAUUGAUGCUCUGUCAGAAGCCAUUAAUGAAUACAAAGGAGCUGUGAUCAUCGUGAGCCAUGACGCCAGGUUGAUCACUGAAACUCAGUGCCAGAUGUGGGUGGUGGAGGACAGGAAGGUAAACCAGAUUGAUGGAGAUUUCGACGAGUACAAGAGAGAAGUGCUGGAGGCCCUGGGAGAAACGUUGGUCAACAAGCAGAAAGUGUGAACACAGUAGACGCCUCUGGGGAUGAGACUUCAUUUCGGAUUGUGCUUUUAUUACAAAAACGCAAGGCUUUACCCCUAUCGCUUGGAAUGAAAGCUCCAUCAUUACCAGCCCUGUGUGAUGCAGUGUGUCUGAACAGAUCUAAUUACAGGACUUGGGUGAAUAGUAUGAGUGUUAGUGGUGUGAAGGCUGGAUUUAGCAUUAUGUGCUGCAUCAUACAACUUUUGAUGCACUAUUUUAACUAAAGCACAUUAAUUUAAACUGGCCUAUUAUAUAAAAUAUAACAAAUAAAUAAAUCUGAUUUCUAAUGUUCAGUUGGAACAGCACUUAACCUGGAGUUUAAUUAACUGCAUUAUAGCUGUAUUACCUAGGCUUGACUGAAAUGAGAGGCAAAGAUCUUUAUCCCAAUCAAGUAUGCACCCAAGUAUGACUCUGGAAUUCAAAAUAAAUCAAUUUUGCAACAAAA